GAGGGGCCGCGGCUUCCGGAACUUGCGGGCGGUUGCUCGUUGGGCUGGUGGCGGCUCAGCGCCUAUUGCUCGGGAUGGCUGCGGCCGUCGCUAUGGAGACAGAUGAUGCUGGAAAUCGACUUCGGUUUCAGUUGGAGCUGGAAUUUGUGCAGUGCUUAGCCAACCCCAAUUACCUUAACUUUCUUGCCCAAAGAGGUUACUUCAAAGACAAAGCUUUUGUUAAUUAUCUUAAGUACUUGCUUUACUGGAAAGAACCAGAAUAUGCCAAGUAUCUAAAGUACCCCCAGUGUCUGCACAUGUUAGAGCUGCUCCAGUACGAACACUUUCGCAAGGAGCUGGUGAAUGCUCAGUGUGCCAAGUUCAUUGACGAGCAGCAGAUCCUGCACUGGCAGCACUACUCCCGGAAGCGGAUGCGCCUCCAGCAAGCGCUGGCCGAGCAGCAGCAGCAGAACAGCACUGCGGGGAAGUGACGCACCCUGCCGGGCCGCACCAGGCUCUUCAGACACGGACAGCGAGCACAGACUCUUUCUAGCUACCCCUGUGCGGGUGCACCUGAACCUUUAACGUGCUGUUUCAUCCAGCUAACUUUGUAUUGUUCAUACGUUACUUCUGUCAAACCAGAACUGCUGUACUCUGGUUUCCCUGUGGAUUUGUAAGUUAUUACUAGUACUCAACCAACUGAAUAAAAACAGAAACGUUAGGUGCUCUAAA